AUGAACUUCACCAACGCCGAGCUCUUGAAAGCUCGUGAGAGGAAAAUGGCUCGCUUUUCUCCAAAGUUCAACAACGAGGGCGAUGGGAUGAAACGGGGCGGUGCUGAGAACCAAGCCGAGGGCGCCCAAGCCCCCAAAAGGAGGAAAUUGGUCAAAGUCUCCUCUGCCGCCGGCUCCUCCAACCCCGGCGUUCAGCCCACUACUGCCGCUGCGCCUAAAGGCAUAAAGGUUGCUAAAGCCUCCACCGCCACGGCCACCGAGUCCACCACCGUUCCAGUCCCCAAUUCCGCUACCGCGGGCGCGGCCACCGCAGUCGCCGCCAAGUCCACUACUGUAGGCGCCACAGCCGCCGCCACCGGUGCCACAACAACCUCUGGUGAUCAGUCACCAGCCGCUGACACAACCGCCAACACUUCUCAACCCUCAGCUGUUGAGAAACUGGUCGCCGUCAAUGCCACAAAAACUGCCGCUUCCUCCGGUGCUCCUGCUGGGGAGAAAGAAAAAGAAAAUGAAACCCCCAAGUCUCCCCUCCGCCACGACGCACCUCCUAGCCCGCCCCCAACGGACGAUGGGCGCCAAAUGCCUUCCCCACCUCAUCAAGAGGAAAGACCCUCUCUUGACGCUGCCACUACUUCGGAAGCAGCCCGGAUUGAGCAAGCUCCUUUCAACGCCGCCGCCGCCGAAGCUGAAAGGUUGAGGGCUGAGAACGCCAAGCACCAGGAAGACACCGCCGGCUGGAAGAAGCGCUUUGACAAACUGUUGGAACAAGCGGGAAAAGAAAAAGUCCAGGCCGACAAGUUGAUUGGUACGGCGGGAAUCAAAAUCGGCGAGCUGGAAAACGAUCUGGAACUAAUGAAGGAAGAAGCGGAUGGUCUCGAUGCAAGCCUCCAGGUUUGCAAAAAGGAAAAAACCCAAGUUGAGAAGGACUUGGUUGCCAUAAGCGAGGCGCUGGCCGCUAAGGAGUCGCAACUCGACGCAUUACGCGUUGAGCUGGAGUUAGUGAGAAAGGCGCUGGCGGAGCAAGAGAAAAAAUCUGCUGAGUCUUUGGCUUCGGCGAAGACUGACCUGGAGGCUGCGGUGCGAACUGCAUCUGAAGAAAUCAAGAAGGCGAAUAUAGACUGA